CUCAUCCCUAGUGUCCUCUGUGGAUUCUCAACUUCAUUUUCUCUCAUGAAAGCUUAUCUAAAUCCCUACUUGACUCCUAACGCCGUCCCCUCCCCCGAAUCAUGGGGAAACCCAACCCAGAUGCCCUGAAGCCCGUUCUCUCCCUCACCGACACUCUCGAUACCAUCGAGCAAACCUACAAGGAAUCGAAGGUCAUAGUGGUGGGCUGCUUGGCCUCGUGGACACUCUGUCGCCUCAACUUUGGCUUCGUGUGGCUGGUUCUGCUGCUGGCUGUCUGUCGUACUCACUACCAGGUCUCCAUCCGCCGAGUCGAGCGCACCAUUCGGGACGAGCUUCGGCGGUACCACGGGAGCAAAAGGCUCCAGCAGGGAGAAAGUGUCGAGUGGAUCAACGUGGUCCUGGGACGUGUAUGGCAUCUCUACGAGCGUCGCAUCUGUGAUCACAUCGUGCGAUAUGUCAACGCCGGCCUCGCUCGACCGGGCAGCGAGACACCCGCCCAGAAGGUGACGGUCCAAUCGCUGGCCUCGAUGGAUCAGCCCCUACGGUUCUCCAAGUUUACCAUCUAUUCGAAACCGGAGUCUCCCAACUUGAUCCUCGAGGGUCACUUUCGCGUGGACCUGGCGCCACCUUGGAUCUGGGACCCUCGCCACCAUCUCGUAGAGCGAUCCCACGCGGAACCGCUCAUCGACAUGACCAUCGUCCACAAUCGGCAGGACCACCGGCAUCACGAUCUCUUGGUGCAAGUGAAGCAGUUUACGGGGAUGGGGACGCUGCGGCUGGAGAUUGACUUUGAGAGCGCCGAGCCCCGAAUCCACCCGCCGCAAAUCGAAUUUCUUGAUCAGCCGCUGAUCGACUGCACGAUGCGUACGGUCAGCCAGCACCAUUUCCCCUUCCACUUCGCCCAUCACGUCGACUGGCGCAAGGUAGUGGGUAUGCAGAUCCGCGAGGGGCUGGGAUGGGCCUGGCAUCGGCCUCUGCCCCUGCCCUUCUUCCACAAGCUAGGGCAGCGUCUGGUGGUACGGAUGAUGACGUGGUGGUGGCAGUUCCAUCGAGCUUAUCACGACUAGGCAGGAGGCGAUCGCUUUACCCGAGAGUCACGGCCGACCGAGGAGAGUAUUCCUCCUCGUCGUGGCGAGGAGGAUUGGGUCAGAGUGGAUCCC